AUGGCAACUUCUGAAGGGCCACCCACUGGCUGGAUGCACAAGGAAGCAGAGAUGCAAACUGGUCCCCAGCCUGACGAGAAGGGCAGCGGGUGGAGGCUGGGACACGGAAGCAUUGCCCCUCCUCCCUUCCCCCCAGCCCUGUCCUUCCUCUUCCUCUUGCCACUGGCCAGCGCCCUACAGCCCACCCUACUGGCCUUUCCAGAGCUGAGGCUGGUGGGGGGCCCAAGCCGCUGCCGGGGACGCCUGGAGGUCCUGCAUGGCGGUUCCUGGGGCAGUGUCUGUGAUGACGACUGGGACGUGGUGGACGCCAAUGUGGUGUGUCGGCAGCUGGGCUGUGGCUUGGCGCUGCCAGUGCCUCGGCCCCUGGCCUUUGGCCAGGGCAGAGGCCCCAUCCUGCUGGACAAUGUGGAGUGUCGCGGGCAGGAAGCUGCUCUGAGCGAGUGCGGCAGCCGAGGCUGGGGCAUCCACAACUGCUUUCACUAUGAGGAUGUGGCCGUCCUGUGUGAUGAAUUCUUACCCACUCAGCCCCCAACAAGGAAAGUGUUAACCAGUAGGGCGCCCCCUAUAACCCACCAGAAUGGGAAAGGUGAGGGGAGCGUGCGCCUGGUUGGGGGCACGGGCCCCUGUCAGGGCCGAGUGGAAAUCCUGCAUGGUGGCCUGUGGGGCACCGUGUGCGACGAUGACUGGGGGCUGCCGGAUGCCGCCGUUGUCUGCCGCCAGCUGGGCUGCGGGGCAGCCGUGGCAGCCACCACCAACGCCUUCUUCGGCUAUGGCACUGGACACAUCCUGCUGGACAACGUGCACUGCGAAGGCAGCGAGACCCGCCUCGCAGCCUGCCUGAGCCUGGGCUGGGGCGUGCACAACUGCGGCCACCAUGAGGAUGCUGGGGCCCUCUGCGCAGUCCUGGGCCCUCCAACUCUCACUGCACUGCCACUAUCAGCCACAAGGGAGGACUGGGCCUGGCACACAGAGCCAGCAGCUACAGGAAUUGGUGCCUUGCCUUCCAGGGAGACGGCACUGUUCACCACAGCUGCCUGGGCAGCUGGGAAGAAAAGCGGGCGGCUGCGGCUGGUGGGCGGCCCGAGCCCGUGCCGCGGCCGCGUGGAGGUGCUGUACGCCGGGGGCUGGGGCACCGUGUGCGACGACGACUGGGACUUCGCUGAUGCGCGAGUGGCCUGCCGCGAGGCGGGCUGCGGGCCUGCGCUGGGCGCCACCGGCCUCGGCCACUUUGGCUACGGACGCGGCCCGGUGCUGUUGGACAACGUGGGAUGCGCCGGCACGGAGGCCCGUCUGAGCGACUGCUUCCACCUGGGCUGGGGCCAGCACAACUGCGGCCACCAUGAGGACGCAGGAGCGCUUUGCUCAGGCCCAGAGGAACUAGGACUGCAAGUCCAGCAGGAUGGUUCUGAAACCACCCGGGUGCCCACUCCUCGACCCAGGGAUGGGCACCUACGUCUGGCCAAUGGAGCCCACCGAUGUGAGGGGCGUGUAGAGCUCUUCCUGGGGCAGCGGUGGGGCACUGUCUGUGAUGAUGCUUGGGAUCUGCGGGCAGCCGGUGUCCUGUGCCGCCAGCUGGGCUGUGGCCAGGCUCUGGCAGCCCCUGGCGAGGCCCACUUUGGCCCAGGUCGAGGCCCUAUUCUCCUGGACAAUGUCAAGUGCCGUGGGGAUGAGAGUGCUCUGCUCCUCUGCUCUCACAUCCGCUGGGAUGCUCACAAUUGUGACCACAGUGAGGAUGCCGGUGUCCUGUGCCGGCCGUCGUGACCCAGCCCACUCUGCAGACCCCUCUUCUGGGAGCCUACUGUGGCCUGCCACUCUCCCACCAGGAAGCACUCCUCCUGUGACAACUGCAAUUCAAUCUGCCCUCUCUCCCCUCGCCUGGGAGAGAGCCUGCCCAGAAGUUGUGGUCCUGCGUGGGGGAGACCUGACUCUAUCUAUCCCAUCAAUUUGUAUGAACUCACCUGUCAUGAACUCUUGUGGGCCCAAUUCAAAGAAAGUUCCCACUUUCUGCUCAGCCCAAACAAAAAAAUGGGGGGAAGGGAAUGACUCUUGAUUCUCCUUUUUGGUGGGAUUCCUGUUCACAGCACCCCAGAACCCCCAUCCUAGAAACUCAGGGGUGCUCUGUAAUAGGCUAUCUCCUUUCCUGCCCCCCUAUCUUGGGAUCCCAAGUAACAGGCAAAGCAGGAGGGGCUUGCAGCUCUAGCCUUAGACUGACUGGGUUGCAGAAGAUCCUGAGUCAUUCCCCUGGCCUGCUCCAUGAGGGCCCAGACUCAGAUGGUGCUUGGCUGGACAAGGGGACUGGAGGGACCAAAGCAGGGGCAGUGGCCUCUCCCUGCAGCUGGAACCAGCAUCACUGAUUUUUGCUGCCCCCACCACAGAGCCUUCACUUUGCAGAAGCAAAGAAUCCUGGGGGCCUAUAGCCACCCAUUCAUAGGUGCCAAGUCAAUAAA